UAUAGAAGAUGAUUGCCGCACUCACGGCUGUGAAGAAUUUUAUGUUUGUCGGAUUUUGGAUAAUCAAUACGCAUGCGUCUGUCAAAGUAACUACACAAGGACUAACUGCAGUGAUGAAAUUGCAGGUCGGUAUCUUCAUAUUUCUCAAAUCAUAGUGCAGUGCUGACUGAAAUGCAGAAAAUAUAACUGUGUAAACUAAAAUAUAUCGCACGCGAUCGCAAUUAAUGAACGUCUGAAAACUUACGCAUUUUCAGAAUUAUCGCAUGUAUGAAAAUCUCGCACUAGCAAAAAAAAACUUUAAAUAUAUGUCGCCACAUCUCCAAUUACAAUUUUGGAAAUGAGGUGCCUGACCCUGUUUGUAAAGCGACAAAAUACUGUACAUCAUAUAGUAUUUUGGUUGCUGCAACAUGAUAAAAUAUUGCGUUAUAAUUAAUAACGUGAUAAUGUUUGCUGUUUUGCAAACUGUUUUGCAUUUCUGAGUGGUACAAUAUGGAGAUUAUAGUCUCCAAAACAUUUGACAUGCUCAUGAUCCCAAUUUAUAAUUUUCUGUAUAUAAUUGGGCUAAUUGGCAUGAAAAUCAUUUAACCAAUGAUAUGGGAAAUGCUGUAUAAUAUAUGCACGAAUAUAUUCUUAAUGUAUUUUUAUAUACAUAAACUAGAAUAUAUGAAUACUAGGGAAACUUUCGCAAACUUUUUAGCAUAAAAAGUUUGCUUAUUUUGUGUUUACAAAAUCUCGCACGCAAUUACGGUCAAACCCUCGCAAAUUACACUUACAAAUUCAAAACGUUCCGUACACGUUUUUCACCAUUUGUCUAUUUUCUUUUAGAUUUAUUUGACUAUAUGUGCGUAUUGUAAACAGUAAUAGCUGUAAAUUAUUUUUUAUGGUAUAACAAUUCAAUUUUUUUUCUUUUCUUAAUACGUCAACAAUGCAACUGCAUUCAUUGGAGUAUGGAAUGCGAAAACUAAACCUCAGUCCAUAUUAUUCCAUAUUGGAAACACCAGAAAGGUAUUACUGUAUUUUUUUCUUAACAUUCUUCAUUGUUUCUAAUUUUGGCAUCUGUAAAAUAUGGAUCACAGGAAACUAAAGAUAUGUGUAACUACAGGAAGAAGAGUGUCCACUCAAUGGUAGCAUGCAUCAGAACAGAACCUCGGAUUCCUUCAAUACGCAAUUGGUGGCAAGCACUAGCAACAAGUCAGCAAAAGAAGCUGCAGUCAAAGAAGGAGAUAUCUUUCGUGUUAAGGACGAUAAACAUCAAAGAAACACGUGGAAGUUGGGUCGAAUAAAGGAAAUGAUUAGAAGCAGUGGUAGGAUUCCAGAACAGUUUUCAGAAAUUAAGCGAUCGAUUGAAUAUCUUGUUCCCGUUGAAUGUAAUCAGGAACCUGCACCAUGCAGUUUCUGGAGUUCUAUUGUCAACGAUAUGAGUGUGGCUGAUAGCAACGUGUCAUGUGUUGUUAUGAACGCGGAAGGUACAACACCUACGUUUAUGAACAGUAGAGGAAAGCCAGGACGACCAGCAGCUAUCACGAGUAACUUUAAAUGACAGACAUUUCAUUAAUGUAUUGUAGUAUCGAGAAGUAUAUGUUUUGUUUGCAUUGGUUGUCGAUGUAAGUUAUAUUCUAUCAAUCCCUGAUCAAUGGGUUCAGUAGCAUACAUGAAUGGUAGUCAAGAGCUGCAGUAGCCGAGUCACAUGACUGAAAGUACGGUCUGACUUUGAAAUUAUUGUUUGUAUUUAAACUUUAAACGAAUGUGUUUCAUCGGGAAAUUCUACAACAAUAUCUCAAAAUUUUUCAAACUUUUUUUCUAUUAAUUCAACCAAUUUUCUAAUAUGGCCGCCAAAGCGGGCGAGGCCCUGGUAAACGCUGGUAAUAUGACUCCAAGAAUUUUGGACGUUACGUAAUUGUUACUUUUCUAAUCCGGAGGGUGAAUUGUAGAGGUGAAAUUCGAAGACCAACAGUUUUUAUCUCCGAAAUUCUUCAAUCUUCCCUGUGAAUUUUGCAUUUCAAGUUUUUUCAAAAAUACGGCGAUCGAACAAACGGAUAAAUACUUUCUAUCGAAAAAACUCUUUGAGAUUUGUUCGUAUGCGAUGUUCAAAAGUCUUUGAUAUAUCGCUCGUUGUACUGUCACUUGUACAGGUUUUUAAUAUGGUUUAGUACUUUGUUGCAAAGUAUUAAUGAAUGGAAUGAAAUUCACCUCUUUUGUAAUCUUGUUUAAUGACUAAAAGUUGGUUAAUAGAAGGACACCAGAUGCAAAAGAUAUGGCGCAAUACUUCAGCUUCAAGCUAGGGACAAGUUCAUGCACAUUUUUAAUACAUGGACAUGGUCAUGAAUAUUUCAACAAUAUGUAAUUAUGAUAUAAAAGGACUUCCGUUGUACAGUAUAUGUACAGAUGUUGUGCUACUUACGUUUUUAACAUAGUCGAUGAACAUGCAAAAUGAUCCUUAUUGAUCCUUGCCAAAGGUAGUGCAUUUUUGGACUUCCUGGAUGAUAUCGCAACCAAGGAUUGUUUCAGAAGAAGAGCCCCGCAUGAGAUCUGGCUGUGUACUGUAGAUUGCAUUAACAACCAAACUGGCCCGGUUAUUGGAAUCUCACAUAAAGCAGGCAAUCCCACAUAAACACUUGAAAACCGGACUGUCCAAGAUGUCGUGCCGGACAAAACUCAAAAGACAUGCAGCCUGGACUUUAACUUUUAAACAACCAAAUUGGCGUGAUAAUCAGUGUGAUGGUUUUUGCUUAGACAGCCUAAACUAAAGCCAGUUUUCUAUAAUUAAUUUACAGAAUCCUAAUAGCUGGACCUCCAACCUGAAAAGCUAGUUGUGCUAAGCAAGUCAACAAUAACUGUGCAUGUGCAUCUCCGAAUGAAUUGAAGUGACUAGUGCAAAUCCUCAAAGGAAAAUAAAGAGAUCAGAUUUGACUUCCACUACUGCUAUCGAAUGCAUGCUGCCAGUGACAGGUAGCAGUAGUGCUAUAGUGAAAUUUGAAACUUUCUGUAUGGCUUUCAAAAAGACCAAUCGUUAUUAAUUUUGAUGAUACAUUGUUAUAACUUGUAUAAUCAAAAGCUACUAUAUUCAUUUAUGAUAUUAAAAAUUGAUAUGAUUAUGUAUAAUGUAUUACUAAUUUUAAAACACUAUUCAUAACUUGAAGAUUAUUCAUGCAGGUGACUGAAUAAACCAUAUGUAGCGAG